AAACAUGGAAUUAUUAGUAACAGCACGCAUACGGCAUAAGCUUUCACAGUAUAUAUGUAUUAAACAUAGAGUUACUUAUGUAAUCGUACAUAUUUUUAUUUAAAUGGUUAUCUAUGGCAUGCGCACUCUUUUCUUUUUCUUUCUAUUAUUCUAUAUUAUUUGAUAAAGAUGUUGAAGCUUAGGCUCCUCAGUGUUUCAAGCUUCUCUCGUCCAUGGUAUAAUUAUUUAACUUUCCUACAUAUAUCAUAUACAUAAGACUUGUUACUCUAUUACUAAUAUCAUUUAUACCACCAUAUCAGAUACUAAAAGCAUCUCAUCGGAAUUAUUUUUAAUUGCGUUAUACGAAACUUAGCUUACCUACAUUUGCUUGCUAAUAAAGGCAACAAUAGUAAAGAACCUGCACCUAGUUCGGGUAUAUCAGAGGAGCCUGAGCAACAAGAAUUACAAAAACCACUGCACAAACCGACACAAACUAAAUUCACCUGGAAGAGUAUGUGGCAGAGAGACACUUUCCCCAGGCUAGUGCCAGCUUUUGCUCUCCUUGGUAAGGCAUAACGAGCUUUUUAUUGACAAAGCCAAAGGUAGACGUAUAUAAUUAUCGCAAACGGAAUAACUUUGUUACAUAAAGAGAAAAUUAGCUUUAGGUACGUUAGUUGCUUGUUAAGUAUAGAAAUAAUAGGUGAAAUUUCAAUUGGUAGAUAUUUUGAGCAUUAGUUUUAGAAGACUAUGUGACAAAACAUUGGUAGAUAAUAUUAUACAGAGUUAUUCAGUUAAUAAAUCGAUAUUUGAUAGGCCAUGCAAUCGAUCAGAAUAAUAAACACUAUAUGAUUAACAGAAUUAAUAUUCGCAAUCAGACAUCAUGGUAUAUCAUGGGUUUAUACGUUUUUUGGAGGGAUAUUACAUAAUCCUAGUUACGAAACGUCGCCGAGUUGCAGUUAUUGGUCAUCAUACAAUAUAUAAAAUAGAAGAUACGUCAAUGAUAUACAUACCAAAUGACAUUAUACGAAUCUUCCAUCCUGACGAACAGAGAUAUGUAAAGAUGUUUCAAAGUAUUGAUCUCAGCAGUAACUUCUACUUCAGUUAUUCAUACGAUAUAUCACAUACUUUUCAAAGUAACAUGGCACCGCCGACGUGUAUUAAAUCUGAUGUUCCCACUGAUAUGCCUGCAAGCCAAAAGGAAUCUGAAGAAUCAGAUGAAUCUGAAGAUUUUUUUAACAUGUGGGCAUUUAGAAAAGAUUGGCAGAAUGAAUGUAAAGGUGAGAAAUAUAUGGAUUACGGUAUACGUAGCAAUCCACAACGUCGUUUUGUGUGGAAUUCUCACCUUUUGAAGCCUGUAGAAAAAGAUUUGCAUCCUGAAUGGAUAUUGUAUGUGAUACACGGCUUUAUUGGUCAGUCAAAUGUGAGCAUCUUUGGGAGAUCUAUGUAUGUCACCGUUAUUGCCCGAAGAAGUAACAAAUAUGCGGGAACACGGUUUUUGAAACGCGGUGCAAAUUUCGACGGAGAUGUCGCGAACGAAGUAGAAACAGAACAAAUCGUUCAUGAUUCUGGCGUAAGUUCUUUAAGUAAAGGACGUUUCAGUUCUUUUGUACAAAUGCGCGGAUCAGUGCCCGCACAUUGGAGUCAGGAUGUUAGUAAAAUGGUUCCAAAACCGACUAUAAUUUGUGAUUUGUCCGAUCCUUAUGUAGAAACAGCAGGAGCCCAUUUUAAUCAACUAUUGAAAAGAUAUGGAUCACCAAUAAUUAUAUUAAACUUAGUAAAAAAACGGGAGAAAAAGAAACAUGAAAGUACAUUAAGCGAAGAAUUAAGUAUGGCUGUGAAAUACUUGAAUCAAUUCCUACCUCCGGAGCAUCACAUUCAAUAUAUAAGCUUUGAUAUGGCACGUAUGAGUAAAAGAAAAAAGGUGAACGUUAUGGGACGAUUAGCAAACAUUGCUUACAAUGCUGUAUUAAAGACUGGUAUUUAUCAGUCACAAAAUCCUUAUUACAAUCAGAGAAAUCUAUUCUCACCACAAAACAAUAAUAUGAGAAAACUUCACAAGACAAAUUCAAGCUCGACUUUAUCAUCUAAUUUAAACGACACCAAAAGCUCUUUUAAUACUUCAAUUAAAAUGGAUUAUAACAGGCAAACAAAUUCCAUACAUGGUUCCGAUUCAAAUACAGAAAUCAAUAAAACAAAUGAAUUAAAUCAAAUCCAAAACAAAGUGAGGGAAUGUUUUGCUAAGAGAGGAACUGUGCAAACUGGAAUCAUCAGAACAAAUUGUGUAGAUUGUUUAGAUCGAACUAAUACAGCUCAGUUUGCAAUAGGAAAAUGUGCUUUAGGGUUUCAGUUGUGUGCUUUGGGUGUACUAGAAUCUCCUAAACUCGAAUUUGAUUCUGAUUGCGUGAGGAUGUUAGAAGAAUUGUACGAGGAUCAUGGGGAUACUUUAGCCUUGCAAUAUGGUGGUUCGCAACUAGUUCACAGAAUUAAGACAUAUAGAAAAACUGCUCCAUGGACAAGUCAGGGCAACGAUAUCAUGCAAACUUUAAGCAGAUAUUACAGCAAUACGUUUAGUGACCAAGAAAAACAGCACACGAUUAAUUUAUUUCUGGGAUUGUUCAUACCUGAAGAAGGUAAGCCUCCAAUAUGGGAAAUACUAACGGAUUAUUAUCUCCAUCAUCUACCUGCUUGUCACUACUCGCGUAAAAGAAGACUUCUGACGCAAUGGUGGGAUAAAAGUGUAUUGAAAUGUCUUCCUUAUGCACUUGACGAAGUAACCAAAUCCUGUUCAGAAAUGAUACAAGUGCAAAAUUCAAUAGAAGAAAUGAUCGAUGUUUAUUAUGAUUAUCAUAGGCCGUAUGAAUUGUCUUUACUAUCUGAGGUAUAUGCAUAUAAAAUAAGCCACUCCGUUAGAGAUUUUAUGCCACACUUUACCACCUGCUAUAGUCCAUUUGCUGUUCGUGUACGACCAGGUAGACGGAGAGAGGAAGCAGGUAGUAAAAAUUUAAAUAUGAAAAAUCCAUCUAUGACUGGUCAGAGCAGUACGAGUAGUACAACGUCCAGCGCAAGCUCAAGCGAGGAUUCAAGUUCAGAUGAAGAUGAAAGCCAUCAACAAAUGGAUGAUUCUCAAUUAAUAACGUCUAAGGACAGUUCGGAAUUAAUAUCAUUCGAAUCAUUGUUUCCUUCCAUGAAAGAAGUAUAUGGCACAGAACCAGAAUAUCCAAAACGGAAUGAUAUUAUUCUGUAUAAAAAAUUUGUUCUAAUAGGGCGCAAUGCAACAUAUCCCAUAGAUCAUACUAAAUUGCGUUCAAAAUUAAUUCAACAAGCAUUUGAAUCUGCAGCUGCUGUAAUUACGCUACCUAGUGUUAAAGACGCAAGCAUAAGCAUAUACGAGCAAUAUGUGAAAAGAGCCAUAGUAGGUGGCAUGAUACCAAAUCCAAACGAUAUGAAUUUAUAUGAGGCUUACGCUGGUCAGUAUAAACUGCUCAUGAAACCAGCAUGCUCUGGAUAAGACAAAGUUAAUUUCACGUUUUAUAAAUGGAACUUAUUGUACAUAUCAUAUUGUAAAUACUGAAUAUUGUUAAUGUUAUGUUAGCUUAAUGUCAAUUUUGUAUAUGCAAUUGUUAAUAACUUAGAUUUAUUUAAU